AUGCGCCUCUUCCGCGGGCCGAAGCGCAGGGAAGUGACCGGGCCGCAGGCCGCGACGUCUCCGCGCAGAGACGCCUCGCACACCCCGCCAACAUACACUCUUGUCACUGCACUACCAGCAAUGGUCAUGGAGGACGAUGCCAAUGAUAUGAAAAAAGUGUUUGCUACGUGGGGUCGCCGAAUGGGGAGGAAACUAGAUUUAUUAAAAAAGAAUGAAUCUAAAGAGAUGCCUGAGGAACCAGGUACACAUGAAGCUGUAAGCAACGAUUCUUCUAUAGUUUUAACUGGACAGUAUAAAAAGAAACAAAACUGGAAAAUGGGAAGAAGUACAUCAGACUCAUCAUCUCUAAAAAAAGAUAGUGAUACAGAAUCAAUACGUAGCGGAUCCAGAGAUAGGUCACCAAGCCCCUUUAAAUCUUUUUUUCAUAGAAUGGGUUCAACGGGUAUGUUAAAUAGUUCUAAAACACAAUCUUUGAAUUCUCCAAACCCACCGAACAGCUACUCUUUAUCCAACGGUCCCACCCUUUAUAGAAGUUGUUCCACCUCACAUCUAUCAACAUACGUAAAAGCUGAUGACCCAUCUGACGAUAUAGAUUUACAAAAUACUGGAGCCGAAACUAAAAAUUCUCCUACAAAACAAAAGAACGCUAAUCUCUUGACCGAAGACAAUUUUGUUUCUUCAUCUACUAAAGCGGUCAGUUGUGAUAAUAUUCCAAAUAAAUUGGAAGCCCCACAGAACACGGGCACUUGCAAAAAACCAAACUUUCCCUAUGCUUUCUUAAGAUCUAAAUUAUCAGUUUUGCCAGAAGAAAAUAGCUUGGCUUCACACCGCUCUGUUUCAGUCAGACAAAGCUUUUCUGAAAGGAUAGAUCGAAAAUCUCCUAAAUUUCGAAAAGAAAGGUUAUACCUGACAAACUCCCGGUCAGAAGAACGAUAUCAAAGUAGCGAUAACAUAUCCGUCCACGAUGAAAGUAUACUUAUAAAUUCAGGUCUGAGAAACUGUAAUGACUUUGCGAGAAGUUCUAUAAGAAGCAUAAACGAAACUGAUGUCUACCAAAAUAAACAUGUUGAUGAUGUACUAAGGAGAUCGUCUAUGAUAUCUCACAAAGCACCAAUUGACUAUGACCCUAUGUUAAUUCCUCGAAAUAGAAAUAGCCUACCAGUGUAUGAGUACAGAUCUACUCUAGGUUCUGCACAUGAUCUUAAAGGUGAUCUUGCUUCUUCUAAUCAAAGCAUUCAUCAAGAAGUACUUCAAGCACAUCGCCUCAGCAGCUAUGUCAGUUCUAACGAAUCUGGAUAUGACAGUGAUGGGAGGCCAACAGACGAACACAGUAACCAUUCACCUCCAGGUUAUGGCAACAAUAUGGGAGGAAUAUCAAUAACCAUGAAUGGGGAACAUAAUCUUGGUAAUUUUUCACGACAAUUAAGCUUAAAUCACAAGAUAAAUGUCAACAAAGUACAAGUACCAAUGCGUAGAAGUUCUACUCCGUGUGCUUUAUUUCCAAUUGAAAAAAAGUCAUACUAUGAGUACGAAAAUGAAAAUAGAGAUGCCAAUCAAUAUCAAAAUAACGAUUCAAAUCUUAUCAUGAUCGAUUAUAAUGAUGGAAAACCACCGCCACUGCCAAAGAAAACAGUUCAUAAAAAAACACCAUAUAUUUAUAAAACCAUCACUUUAGAUGAACGUGUUCAAACAAGAAAAAUAAAGUUGCUACAGUCACAAUUAGUUUCUGUUGAUCACUCGUCUACGCCGAAUCUCAGUGAUAAUUCAUUGAAUGCAUCUAAGGAAUUGAACAAUGUGCAAAGAAUUCAUGAGACAGAUAUACUUGGAAGGGGUCCAUGCACAAAACGAUUUAGAAAAAUAAGACUACUGAAAUCAAGAUUGGAUGAAAGUUUGGGUGUUUAUUUGGCACAAAAUAGAGUGGAUUUUGAUAAAAGUGGAAAUAAUUAUGAAAUCCGUUAUAUAAUUGUUAAACUUGAUUUUGAUGGUAUUGCUCACCGAGAUGGACGACUCAGAAUAGGUGAUGAGAUCGUUAACGUAAAUGGGAAAGUCUUAAGAGGACUUUCUUCACUCAGAGACGUACAACAUAUAGUAAAUUCUUGCUCUACUGAAACAACAAUCGAAGACAGUGGUCUUUUUCAGAGGUAUCAAGUUGAUCUGGUCAUGGCACAUGAUGAAAUAUCUCCCAUUACUUUAAGUCGCAUUAUUAAUAAUAAAUCUAAUGAACCCAGUUCUGUACACUCCUCUUCAAGUAUUCCUCCUGAUAUUAUUGCCCAAACUCAGAAGCCAUCACCCCCUAGUCAGAUUGUAAUUGAAACUCAUUUCCCAAGCGCUGAUAGUACAUUAAAUUUACGUAAUAGCAACAAUACCAGUGGAUAUGUGAAUGAUAUGCCAGAAAAGAAUCAAAAGUGUGAAGUUGGUGUACAGGUCAACAAUAGUCUAUUGCUUUCUAACCAAAAAAGUGACGACGAAAAAUUGUUGGAGCGAAACUGUUAUACACAAUCCCAUUCAUCUCUACAAAAUAUAACUAAUAUAGAAAUUUCAAUGAGAUCAUCGCCUACACCGAGACACGGCACUAAUAGCUCAUAUCGGCCCAUAUCGUUUCACAGCACUCGUCCUCAACAUUUAUGUGGAACAACACUGUGUAACGAUAAUACUACCAACGAAAUUAAAGAAAAUUCUUCUCAUUAUAUAAAGAACGUUAAUAGAACAUACCAAAAUAGGUCUUAUGAAAGUAUACCUGAACAACUAAGAAGCACCAGUCGCAGUAGAUUCUUUUCUAGAGUUGGAUCACAAAGAUCUUCGCCUAAUUAUGGUUCUCACGCAUCACGACAGCAGGAAUACAGCUAUCAUGAUAUACAAUCCUCACAAAAUACUUUGCAUAGAGCAGAAUUCUGGAAAGGUCCAGGCCACAAAAGCCUUGGCUUCAGUAUCGUUGGAGGCACAGAUUCUCCAAAAGGGCAAAUGGGUAUAUUUGUUAAAACAGUCUUUCCAAACGGGCAAGCAGCCGAUAAGGGAACUAUUUAUGAAGGUGACGAAAUCUUAUCAGUUAACAACGUGGCAACUCGAGGAUUAAGCCAUGCUGGAGCAAUAUCACUGUUCAAAAAAGUUAAAGAAGGAAAAUUAGAAUUGACGCUUUCAAGACGAAGAGCUCCUAGGUCAAGAUCUGUAGAACCUCUCGGUAACUUUCGCAACGAUAGCAAAAGAGAUUGA